UUGGGGACUUGUGGCGAGAAAGGUUACAGAGCUGCGAUUUAACGUUGGUGGAGGAAGUUUUGCGGGACAAUAGCGAUGUGGCCCAGGAUCUUGGCUGUUCGGAGGAAACUGCUGCGGAACUCCGACUGAUUUGCGGUAAGAAGGUAAUGCAACAGCAGCAGAGAAUCUACAGAAGCCUGGCAACAGUGACAUAAAUGUUGAGUCGCCGGAACUAUCGAUGGUGCUGAGAGCUCUGCCACGCUGUUUCCUCCAUUUUGGAACGCCUCCACGCCAGCCUCCAGCACCCCCGCCGCCUCCAAGCCAGCGGUAUACACGAUGCUGCAAGUAAUCCUCCUCUACUUUGCGCAGUUUAUCUCUUUUGAAACGAAGUCACGCCCACAAAAGGAAUAUAAUACGUUAAUUGAAUAACGAGGGUACACAUGGGUUGAUACAUGUAAUUGGAAAAUGGGUGUGGUCUGGUGAUGGGUCACAGAUGGAUGUCAUUACUGCUUUGAUGAAGGUGAUACGUCGUUACAGUCUUCUGUCAAGCAUCUGCUAAUAGUUGGCAGAAGAAGAAGAAGACCUUUAAUCUGGUCACAAGUGUGGGCCAUAACCACUAAACAUGACUGGAACAAAGCUUCACUGGAAGAAACAUAGUGACACUUCAUUCUGCCUGGAUUGUCUGUUCUGCCCAAUGUAAAACAUGGGGAAAGUAGCCAGAGUGGAUGCAUUAAAAUGCAGUGAGAAUGAAGAAGAAGAUCCCGAGAAUAUCCCAGAGGACAACAGCCUUCUGACUCUGGGGAUUCGGAAGAAGAUAGUUGAUCGACGCAGAGAAACACUUAUUGUUGAACGUGCAUGCAGACAAGAAACCUUCCUUCAUGAGCUGGAAUUUCAUGCAGUAGGAAAAAAACCUGAGGAUGCAGCAGAUCUGGUAGAUGAGGGUGAAUUGGUGCUUACUCUGAAUAUUGUGUAUCCAGUCAUUUUUCGAAAUCACAAGGACUACAAACCCUAUCAAACUGUGUUGGUUCUGGGCAGUCAGAAACUGACGGAGCUGAAGGAUGCCAUUAACUGUGUGAGUGAUAUGCAGAUUGGGGGAGAAUUCAGCAACAAUCCAGACUUAGCCCCAGAAAAUAUCUGCAAGGAUCUGUUCAAAUCAGCAUUUUUUCACUUCGAGGGCGUGUUCUACAGUGAUCUGAGAUAUCCAGAAUGCAGAGAUAUAAGCAGCACUACUAUUGAAUGGGCAGAAUCUCGUGACAGAGGCUACGGAAAAUUUCAGUCUGCUAAAAUGGAAGACUAUACAUUUAACGAUUUGCAUCUAAAGAUCGGCUAUCCUUACCUGUACUGCCAUCAAGGGGACUGUGAGCACGUUAUUACAGUUACAGAUAUAAGACUGAUACAUCACGAAGAUUGCUUGGAUAGGACGCUGUACCCAUUAUUAAUAAAAAGGCACUGGUUUUGGACACGAAAGUGCUCUGUCUGUUUAAUGUACACUGCCAGGUGGGUGACCGUUAAUGACGAACAUGCUCCAGACGAUCCAUGCUUCUUUUGUGACGUCUGCUUCAAAAUGUUACACUAUGACACAGACGGUAAUAAACUUGGAGAGUUCCUGGCCCAUCCCUAUGUGGACCCUGGAAUCUUUAACUAGAUCUGGAACAGUGUGGGACAGAUAUUUAUUAUAUAAGUGGAUGAAAGUCUGUUGCAUUCGGAAGCCAACAAGAUGACCCAGACCUUAUGAAAUGGUUUUCCUCAGGGACUGAACAACAAAGAACUUAGUUUCAUAACGAGCGGCACUGCUGUGAAUAUACCGACGUUUUCUUAGGGGGGAGGCAAAAAUUCUAAAGUGGAGGUUUCAUUAUUUUUUUUUUUUUCUACAAUGCAAUUAUUUCUUAUGCCAAUUUAAUAAAUGUAUUCACUGCUA